AUGUUUGGCGCAUUCAAACCCACCUCGGCUCUAUCAGGAGGUCUGCUCUGGAAAAUUCCAUGGCGACUUUCGGCACCGCAGAAGCUGCGCCAGCGUCGUCGCCUUCGUCGUGUCGACAACAUUGUCUCGGUCCUCGAUAGCGCACUCCAGAGACAGGUCCAGUCACAACCAGCUACUACUGCUACCAAGGGCAUCGGCGCCACCCAGGCCACAACCGGAGAGCUCUCUCAAACAGCCCAAGGCCAGCGCUUGAUGAACGCAGAGACCAAUGCCCCUCUGAACGAGCUCAGACAUGGCAGAGGCCCGAGGCAGGGUGACAUUCUCAGCGGUAGCUUGCCCACGGGCACUGUUACUAUGACCGGCGAUCAAGCAAGGAAAAUGGGCACAAUCAAGCUUCUCGAGCGAUGGAAGGCCGACAUGCCCACCGAGGCUGAGAUGCUGCCAAGAGAUAAAUACACUAUGUUCGACCGCAAGGAGAAGAAGUACAGAAAGGGAAUUCACAAGCUUCCCAAGUGGACCAGAGUCUCACAGCGCGUCAACCCUCCUGGUUUCUAG